AUGCCCGACGUGAUUGCCCGCAUAGGCGACGGCGUCCAGGAGGUGAUCAACCUCGGUGCCAAGACGGUCCUUGUCCCGGGGAACUUCCCCAUCGGGUGUGUGCCGGCGUACCUGAGUGGUAACAAGAGCAACAAGUCGGCGGACUACGAUCAGUACCACUGCCUCAAGCAGUUCAACAAGUUCUCCCAAAUGCAUAAUCAGUUGCUGAAGCAGGAAGUCAGCAAGCUCAAGUCGCUCAACGCCGACGUGAAGAUCAUCUACGCCGACUACUAUGGUGCUUUCAUGGAGUUCGUCAAGAAUCCCAGUAGGUAUGGCAUUGACGACCCUCUGGUGGCGUGCUGUGGUGGCAAUGGCCCCUACGGCACCGGCCAUACAUGCAACCAGACCACAAAGCUUUGCCCCGACCCGUCCAGGUUCGCCAGCUGGGACCAAGUCCACAUGACAGAGAAGGCGUACAGCGUCAUCGCCAAUGGGGUGCUCAACGGCCCGUACGCCGACACACCGUUGCUAGCGCUCCACGUUUGCUAG